AUGUUCGCAAUAAUAGCUGCAUUGAAUACAUUCUCACGAAAACAUGACGAGCAUGAAGCAUUAAACUAUGAAAACUACGUAUGCACGGGUCAAGCAGUGCCAUUAACCAAAGUCUAUCGUGAAUCAUCAUUCGACCGGCGAGUACGAAAAGAGUUGGCAAACAUUCGCCGUAUGGAACGAAUCCAACAGCAAGGUGAACUAUCCGACGAGAUAGUCGAGCAAAUGCGUUUGAAAAUAGCACAGAUUGAAAUCAAAGUUACAAAAUCGGCUCGUGCAGAACAGAUUAACUGUGAUGAUAUGCUCGAUCUGGAUAAACCUGAUGAUAAUUAUGACAUCGAAAUCGAAGAAAUGAUUCGAAAAUCGAUCGAAAACAAUGAUCCCGAAUUAAUCACAGUAGAUAAUUAUGCCAGUGGUGAUCAUACGCAGAUUUCAAAAGAAAAAGAUUUACUGAAUUAA